UCUUGGUCAGUUGGACGUAUGGCGACCGAGGGUCUUACCGUGUUUUUUCAAGCGCUUUUAUUACGCUGAAGAUGCUGGCCGGUGCCCUCCAACAACAUGUGCAAAAAGACAAAUGUUGAUCAGCUGUUAGUGUAAACGGUGAUCGUUGAGUAUAAAAGAUGGCUGCCAGAAUUUUACAGUUUUGGAAAAGGAAUUCAGACGUUAUACAUGCUAUUUUUGGUAGUGCCUGGUUAGGCAUUGGAUAUGCUUCACUUUUAGCUUAUCAAAAACGACAGCCAGAAAUUACACUCCACAAGGAAAAUAUUCCUGUAGAGGUUGACAAGAAAUCACUGUCCAUGUCAGAGGAGAUUCUUGAUGAGAAGAUAAAAUCGUGCAAAGCUCCUGGCAACGUAGAAUCACUAUUGGAACCUUUGUUUGUAACAGUCGGUUCUGAAGCAGUGAGUUUGGGCUCCUUAAAAAACAGAUUUGGAGGUGUUGUAGGCAUACCUUACUGUUGGCGAUAUUCAACUAGUGAAGACAUUGAAUCAGUGGACAUAGCCCUGCGUAGUAAGACCACGUCUGACUUAACGACAUGGAUGGUGAUGUUUAUGGAUUACGUGUACGCUCUACCCAAGUCAUCUAUACACGACGUCAUUACCACAAAACAUUCAGAUUGUGAUGUUGUGAAGAUCGAAGAAAAUAGCCAAGCAAUGGAUGCUCUUAAAGAAUCACUGAUAUUAAGUGAUCAAGCGAAGGCAUUUGCAUAUUUGCGUGAAAUUGGAUAUUUGAAUUCCCAUCACCAGAAUGUUGCGGUAGGGAUGGGUGUUGUUUCACUAGGCAUGGGUGGUAUUUUCGGGUAUUUUGCACAAACAAUUUUGCAGGCGAAAUUUGCCAUGAAACCAGGUCGCGUGUUACAAAUUGUUGUGCUUGCUCAUGUUGUUGCGUACAAGGUCAGUCUAGAUUGGUUCAAGGCCAGUAUGGAUUUCUAUCUCAAGAAACGGGAUGAAACCGUUGACCAAGAUCUUGUUGAUAAAGGAUUAACCAAAGGUGGAAUAGAAUUCUACGAAAAAUUGAUACAGAAAAAUUUAAGUCUCCGGACUCUUCUAGGAUCACAGGGUGAAGAACUCUAUAGCAAGGAUGGAAAUGAGAUCUAUCCGAAUUAUCGAUUUCCUCAUCUUCCUCUCACGCAGCAGAGAGACAAAUUGGUCAAACAACUAAAUUCAGAAGCUUUAAAUGAGGUUUAAAUAUAUUGAAAUCUUGUGUUUAUUUUCAAUGAUUAAAUACUUGAGAUGUUUCUUUCUGUUUCUUCCCUUCAGAAUGUUACAAGGAUGGCUUCAGUGCAAACCUAAGACAUUUAUGAUGGGAUUUGUUUAUCAAUAGUGUUUAUCUUCUGUCCAAGAAUAUUCAUCUAAAAGUAAUGAAACAGCAGACAAACGUUAAAGGGACAAUUUAGCGAAGCAAGCUUUUUUAGAGCGACAAGAAUGUGUUUUGUGUGAAAUCAGACUGGCUGACACCUUAUUGUCUGUCGACAGUGUAGUGCUGUGCACCUGGUCUCACUGAAACUCCCAGAUAUAUUGCAUUUUUUCGGUCGUAGCUACCGCAGUAUAUACAUACAUAUUUAUUACCAGCUUUCCAAAAGAUAGAACUGACCACACGCAACAUUGGCUUCAUGUUAUGUCAUUAUCAACUAUGUAGACUUUUGAAACAUACAAUUAUAGCAUGUUGAUGAGGUCGAUACAUGGUUAUAUUGACAAAAGAAAACAAUAUCAACCGAAAACAAAAAAAGCAACAUGCUACAAUUGCUUUAUUUUUUAUUUUUUUAUUUUAUGGUCGAAAAAAAGCUAUUUCAAACAGAAAGCUGAAUUUUAUUUUCAAAUUUCAUACAUGGAACAUUAACAACAUCCUGUAAACAACACAAUGAAUUUACUUUGGAAAAACAAAAUUUACAGUAAAAUUGGCAUCUGCAUUGGCUGAAAGUGAGUCAAAGGAACAUCAGGUUUACAAUAUUAUUAUAGCAUGCUAAACGACUUUUUGUGACAACAAAGUGCAAAACCAGAGGUGUUCAGAGAAUGGAAGGCGAGAUGUUCCAACCCAAAAUCUAUAUAUAGGAACACCAGGUUUACAAUGUCAUUGAAGCUUUGCAGUGCAUCACAUGUGCUAAUUUCAACCAAUAGACGUGAGUGAAUUACGAUGAAAAAUAAUAUUUGAUGUUUACAACUUCUUUUCCUGAACUGAUGGACAAAAGUUGGGUAAAAUGGGAAAAGUUUACAUGCUGCUUUAAACUCCUAAAAUUGAUUAGAAACUGAAAAUCUUGAUAUCUCCUAACGAAACUUUACGUAGUUGAUAAUGAUGAUAAUGACAUGACCUGAAGCCAACGUCCAGUGUGGUCAGUUUUAUCUCUUUGGGAAAGCUGAUGAUAAAUAUAGUUACGACUGAAAUAGCACAUUUCAGUGAGAAGUAAACGUGCAGUACCAGAUUUUUUUUUAGAUUUUAGAUGCCUUCUAAAAUCCUUUUAAAGUGGAAAUUUGUCGCGGUGUGGGAAUAUUCACAUUUUUCAAAGUAUAAAUAUCCACACAGAAAUAUUAAUUUAUAGAUCAAUAAAAGAUGUUGAUUUCAGAACUAUUGCAAACAAGAACAUUUCCAUUUUUAGGUCACCUGAGCUUUGCUCAAGUGACAUACCUAUUCUAUUCGCUUUCCGUCUGUCGUGCGUAAACUUUUUACUUCCAACUUCUUCUCAAGAACCAGUCGAUGGAUUUUUUUCCAACUUGGUCAGAA